CCUUAAAGAGUUGCUGAGAGCUAAAUUAAUUGAAUGCGGCUGGAAGGAUCAGUUGAAGGCACAUUGCAAAGAUGUCAUUAAAGAAAAAGGAUUAGAGCAUGUUACUGUUGAUGAUUUGGUGGCAGAAAUCACUCCCAAAGGUAGAGCCUUGGUACCAGACAGUGUAAAGAAGGAACUCUUGCAAAGAAUAAGAACCUUCCUUGCCCAGCAUGCCAGUCUUUAACUUUGACAUUCAUCUGGGAUACCAGUGGUUUUGGUUCUGUAUUAUGUCAAUCAUGUCAGGAUUGGAAUGCAGUUUUCCAUACUUAAGGAUGGAAAAUCAUUAUUUUUUUGUAUGAUGAGUUGAAGUUUCUUUGCAUUGCAUCAAUUUCUUAAACUUGGUAUUAUUUUAAUAAAAAUUUUUGUGGACUUGUG